CUUGAGAGCGCAUAUCAUGCAUUACUCAAGCGCGGUCGAUUAUCUCAAAAUGCGUCUCAAGCAGCCUUAAUCACGCGGCUGUCAACUAUACAGAACGGUCUUUCCACCUCCACCACCGGCCCUACCACCACUGCAUCCGCACCUACAGGCCUAUACAUCCACGGUUCAGUCGGAACAGGAAAAUCCUAUCUGGCAUCUCUGUUUACAUCGACUCUGCCAUCGCAUGUCUCACGUCGGCGAGCGCAUUUCCAUGAGUUUAUGCUAGAUGUGCAUUCGCGGUUACACGUCGCACGGUCCUCUUCAAGUCGCUAUGGAUCUGUUGACCCUUUGCCAGUGAUAGGACGGCAGAUCCACGAUGAAAGCAGAGUGUUGUGUUUCGACGAAUUCCAAGUCACGGAUAUAGCAGAUGCGAUGAUCUUGCAACGACUGAUGGGUGCAUUCUGGGCGGCUGGCGGUGUCAUGGUCGCGACUUCCAAUCGUGAGCCAGAUAAACUCUACGAAGAUGGGUUGAACAGGGAACUGUUCCUGCCAUUCAUCGCUAUGCUCAAGUAUAGAUGCGAAACUUGGGCUCUAGGAGGGACGCAAGAUUAUCGCUUGUUGGGAAGGGAGGACGCAGGAGAAAAUCAAAAGGUCUUCUUUACCGACGCCGAAGAGUUUCAGCAAAGCCUUUCUGCCGCUACAAAUGGUCAGAAAAUGGAACCUUGCGAGAUACCGGUGAUGAUGGGGAGGAAAAUGGUCGUCACUGCUACGCCAGCCGACAAUGAC